AUGUCUCAAGCACGCCCUCGUUCUGAUAUCCAGAAGGUCUUCCAGGCCUCUUCGAUGAUUCCUAAUCGAUUGAUACACCUUAUCCCUGAUGAUCUCGCCGCCGAAGUACCUAAUCACAUCCUAUUCUCUUACCCCAGAACCAAGGACCUCCAAGAUGGGUUCGUCGAUAUCACUGCCAAAUGCUUUGCCAAUGCGAUCAAUAGAGGUUGCUGGUACCUUGAGUCAUUGCUCGGGAAAGCCCAGAGCUUUGAGACUAUUGGUUACAUGGGAACAAACGACAUAAGGUAUUUCAUCUUGAUGUUCGCUGCCAUCAAGGCACGGUACAAGAUGCUAUUCGUGUCGCCUCGGAACAACCUGGAAGGCCAUCUCAACGUCCUUGAGGGCUCUAGUUGCCACAUUUUUCUCAGCUCUCGCGGGACGCGGGUCGGCCAUAUCCUUGAAAGCCGACCCAUGCGUGCGGGUUUCGUACCUGAGCUUGAGGAGCUGCUGGAAGAUGUGCCUGUCCCUGGGUACCCCUACACCAAGACAUUCGACGAAGCCCACAACGAUCCGUGCCUCGUGCUACACACCACGGGUUCCACGGGCUUGCCUAAACCGAUAACGUGGAAGAUCGGCAUUCUGAGCACAUACGAGGCUUGGAGGACGAUCCCGCACGUGGACGGUUACGUGCCGACGACGGAGAUCUACCAGCAAGCUCGAAGGGUUUACACCUCGAUGCCUCUAUUCCAUACAAGCGGGCUCAAUUCGGCGAUCACAUGGGCACUGCUCCUUGGCGUGACCCUGGUGUACGGCCACCCGGAUGUCGUGCCUAAUUCGGCGUACACCGACGAUAUGCAUAAGUAUGCCAAUGUAGAUGCAUCACUAGGAGCGCCGUCUCUAUAUGAAGAGCUCAGCCAAGACCGGGAGUCCCUGAAGAGGAUAUCCAGACUUCAAUAUAUAGUAGCUAGCGGCGCUCCCUUAUCUAACGCAGCCGGCAACCUGAUAUCGCAGCACACGAGGGUCAUCUCGAACCUCGGCUCGACGGAAACGGCGUGUUUACAGAGGCUAGCACCGUCCGUCGAGGACUGGGCGUAUUUCUACUGGCACCCGACACACUCGGGAAUCGAGAUGAGGAAGUAUGAGGACGACCUGUACGAGCUGUUCCUCGUGCGGGACCCGAAAUUAGCCCGAUAUCAGGGCAUCUUCAGCACGUUUCGUGGAAUCCAGGAAUGGUCCAUGAGCGACCUCUACUCCCGUCACCCAGAUCCGUCGAAGCCGUUUCUUUAUAGAUAUAAGGGUCGCAGGGACGAUGUUAUCGUUCUUAGCAACGGCGAGAAAUUGUCCCCGGCCCUGAUGGAGGCAACGCUGCAGAGUAGCCCCUUAGUCAAGGGGGCUAUGAUCGUCGGUCGCGGUAAAUUCCAGCCCGCCGCCCUCCUCGACCUAGGCCAGGCCCCGCCGGCGACAACCGCGGAGCGCCACGCGCUCCUGCGGUCACUUCUCCCGGUGAUCGCUGAGGCGAACCAGCAUGCUCCGGCCCACGGGCAGCUCGACCAGCACCAUGUGCUAUUCUCGGACCCAACACGUCCUGUGCAUUACCUGGGACAGGGCAAGAUCCAGCGUCACCGCACGUAUGCCUACUACGAGGCCGAUAUCGAAGCCCUGUACGAAGGUGCCGAGGACGGGGUCGGCGGCUUCGACGUUAGCUCCAAAAAGGACGGGACGGACGCCAUUACCACGUCCGACAUUGUCGCCCUCCCGCCCGUCGACUUCAGCUGCCACCCCAGCAUUCGCCAGUGGCUCGGCGCGCUCGUGGGAGAGAUCAGCGGCGUGCGGUCACUGCGGGGCUCCGAUGUCUUCUUCCGACACGGUCUCGACUCGCUGCAUGUGAUCCGCAUCGCGCGGGAGCUGCGGCUACGGAUACAGCGAGGCGCCGACACGGUACUUCUACCACCGUCGUUUCCUGCGGGCAGCUAUCGCCCGAACGCGGCGCGGCUCGCGCGUAAGGAUGUCAUAUCCCCCAAGCUCGUGUACGCAAAUCCAACGCUCGACCAGCUCGCCGCCGCUGUAUACGAGAUCACCGGCGCGGCGGGUGACCUCGACAGCGGGUACGCCACCGAAGAGCAAGCCCAGGGGGGUACCAGCACCGGCACCAGCGAUGACGGGAGCGUGAUGGGGGAAAACGACGGCGGCGCCAGCGACAGCGAGGAGGAAGACGGAGACGCCGGGCGGGUAGAGAGAAUGCAGUCGCUCCUCGACAAGUAUGCGAAAACGCUACCCGGACUGGAAUCUCGUAGACGUCACAACGCGCAAGCAGCAGCAUCUGUCGACACCGACGACAGAGACAACAGCGACAACAGCGAGGGGGGCGAAAGGUCAGUCGUCCUCCUGACUGGCAGCACCGGGUCGCUGGGCUCAUACAUCCUGGACGAACUAUACAACGACGCGGACGUGGCGCAGAUCGUGUGCCUAGAUCGCAGCGCGGACGCGGCAGCGCGGCACGCAUGCGCAGGUCCCAGGCGCGGGCUCAGCCCGCUCGACGAUCGCGACCGCGUGGAGUUCCUACAGGCGGACCUUUCGAAGCCGCAGCUCGGGCUCGCCGACGAGGUGUACGCCUGGCUACGCCGGUCCGUCACGCAUAUCAUUCAUAACCAAUGGCCAGUCAACUUCCACUGGCCGCUCUCCCUCUUCGAGCCGUACGUCGCCGGGGUCCGGAACCUGGCCUGCUUGGCAGCUGAGUCUGACCGCGACGCCUUCGUGCUGUUCGUGUCGAGUGUGUCGUCAGUCGGGGAGUGGAAGAAAAGUUCCUCAGCACCCUCCUCUGCUCUUCCCUCCGCUAUUAUAGCGAAGGAUGGGAAGGAAGACGAGCAGCAUACGGCCGUUCCGGAAGCCCCCAUCACCGACCUCCGCGCCGCGGCGCGUAUGGGUUACGGAGAAUCUAAGCUGGUGUCCGAGUGCCUGCUGGACCGCGCAGCCACCAUUUCGGGUGUCCGCUCCGCCUGCUGUCGCGUCGGCAUCGUCGCCGGGCCCGUUGAGAGGCGCCAGGGGUUGUGGAGCAAGCACGAGUACAUCCCCUCGAUCAUGGUCUCCUCACCCGCUCUCGGUGUCUAUCCGUCGACCUUCCCGGCGCGCGAGCGCGUCGACUGGAUCCCCGUGGAUAAGCUGUCCAAAGUCCUCAUUGAGAUCCUUCGCUCUGCAUCCUCCUCUCCUUCCGCUCCACUAACCUCCACCUGUUACCACGACUCCGACUCCGACUCUGACUCGGAAGGUGAAGAAAUAAGCCCGGCCAGAACACUACCACUCCGCCGCACCCAGACCUUCCACGUUGUGCAUCCCCGCGCUACCUCCUGGGCCGCGGACGUCGCGCCCGCUCUGGCCACCGCGUAUGCGCACCUCUCUACACAUCCCCCCUCCGCCCACAACGUCCAUCCUGUCCGUCGGUUCGACAGGAACAACGAGGGGGAAGGCGUCGAGUCCCCACGCAUCCUCCCCGUCCCCUUUGAAACUUGGCUCUGCCGCCUCCGCAAGCGUGCCGACGCCGCCGAGCACAGCGGCCGUUGGGCCGACGAGGUCGCGUACGUGCCAGCGCUGCGGCUGCUCGAUUUUUACACCUCGACUUCGGCCUCGGCCUUCGCUCCGUCUGCCGCCUUCACGGCGAGGAAGGGUCGAGGUGCCAGCCCCGACUGCGACGGCGACGCCAGAUACCUUCCCUCGAAGCGCUCGGAGCACGCAAGCCCGACACUCCGGGCCCUCGCGCCUCUGGAUGGGGUCUGGCUCGGCAACUGGAUGGCGCAGUGGGGGAUGUCGGUGUCGGGGUGA